AUGACGGUGACAGAAUAUGAGAAGAAAUUUGAGGAGUUGUCUCGUUAUGCACCACACCUUGUGGCCACGGAUGUUGACAAGAUAAGAUUAUUUGAGAGUGGCCUUAAUGAUGGAAUUCAGAGAAUGGUGACAACUUUGGAACUUAACACAUAUGCUAAAGUUGUGAGGAGAGCCCUGUUAUAUGAAGGGCCAGCAAAAGGAACCCAGAAGUCGAAAAGCAAAUGGCAAGGGAAGCAGCAUUUCCCAGCACAGGGCAGCAAGAGUAUGUUAUAUGUUUUUGGUAAUCCUGCUUUUGUGUUGUUCGACUCUGGAUCGACACACUCUUUCAUCUUGUAUAGUUUUUCUACUAAGUUGAAGAUUUUACUGAAGACUUUACAAACUGAUUUAAGUAUUUUGACACCAUCAGGGGAGAUAAUGGUUUCAGAUAUGAUUUUUGAAUCUUGUAUGGUCCAACUAGAGGGUAGAGAUCUUAGAGUAGAUUUGUAUUUAUUGGAUAUGCAAGACUUUGAUAUUAUUUUGGGUAUGGACUGGCAAGGAUGCAUUGGUUACCUAGCUAGUGUUGUGGACACUGAGGCUAAGGGGUCAGCCCUUGAAGAUAUCAAGGUUGUUAGAGAUUUCCCUGAUGUUUUUGCAAAUGAUAUGACUAGUUUACCUGUAGACAGGAAAAUUGAGUAUCCUCUACCCCGUAUUGAGGACUUGUUUGAUCAGUUAAAGGGAGCAAAGAUAUUUUUGAAGAUUGACCUCCUUACGGGAUAUCACCAACUGAAGAUAAAGGAGGAGGUUAUUCCCAAGAUAGCUUUUAGGACUCGUUAUGGGCACAAUAAAUUUUUAGUGAUGCCGUUCGGGUUAACCAAUGCACCAGCAGCUUUCAUGGACCUAAUGAAUAGAGUUUUUCAUGACUAUCUUGAUCAGUUUGUCAUCGUCUUCAUUGAUGAUAUUCUGAUUUACUCUAGAAGUAAGGAAAAGCAUGAGGCACACUUGAAGAUCGUACUCCAGACCUUGAGGGAGAAGUAA